AUGGGCACACGGAUUACUCGAUGGUUAGCAAUCGGCGCCGCCAAUCGAUACCCGCAACAUCAGAGGAGUUACGAGUGCGUUGCCGGCGUUUUGGGGAUUAUGGUUUUGGAGACAGAAAUAGAGGGGAAGAGUCAUCCGGUCACUUACAUGGCGAAUCACAAUAAUAAGCUGAGGCGCCAACGGCGGGAGACAUUAAGCUCAAAAAAAUCCAAACUUCGGAAUGAUUUUCCAGCGGCGGUAUUCCUGAACCGAUACGACCUUCAAAGCUUCAAGAAACGAGCGUACUCAUUCUUAAAAGGCCGGCAAUGUGACUCCUCUGGUGCUGCAGAUGUCCAUGGGCGGUACCGAUCGCUUACCAUCAGGUGA